ACAUUAUACAUGUGUUUUUGUUUACUGUCAUUCACUCACAUCCAUUUUUUAAUAAAACUCCACGUGAAAAAGGGCAAAAAAGUUUUUGUAUUUAAAUAUGAAGAAAGUAAAAAAUACUGAAUCAAAAGUAAUUAAUACUUCAUUGGAAAGCGUCAAAGAAGGUAAAGUUAAAAAGAAUAAACCAAAAAAAGAAAAGAAACUUAAAGAUGCAGUAGCAAAAACAGAAGAUCUAAAUUUGGCUCCAAAAAUCGAGAGCACCAACCUAAAGCCCAACAAUAGUGCUGCUGAUAAAACCAAAAAUAAGAACAAGAAAAAUAAAAAUAAACCAGCUAAAACGGAAGAAAAUGAAAAACCAGCCGCACAAGCAACACAAAAAGAAGCAAAUGAUGAAAAACCAAAAAAGCAAAAGCCUACCAAGAAAAACCUCACUAAAGAGAAGAAAUCAGAAGCAGAAACUCCCGUUCCCACUAAAGCACUAAACGAUGAAGAACUUAAGAAAGUUGAGAAGAAAAAAGCCAAGAAAUUGGCACAAAAAUUAAAGAGGCAACAAAAUAAAGCUGAAAAUAGAGCGAUAAAUGUAAAGGUAGUUACAACAAAUGGAGAAAAGAAUGUCCCCACCAGCAAUAAGGACUUGUCAAAGAAGGAAAAAAAGAUUGAGCAGAGGCAAUUGUUAAAAAAACAAAAAGCUGAGAAAAAAGCGAAAAAUGUUAAAGCUGCUGAGAGCGCGCCCAUAAAAAUUGAGCAAAAGAAAGUGGACCCCACCAGCAGUAUGGUAUUGUUAAAGAAGGAAAGAAAAGCUGAGAGGAGACAAUUGUUAAAGGAACAAAAAAAUGCCGAAAAACAAACAAGAGACCCCGCAAUGGAAGCCGCUACAGUAUUUGUGGGAAAUUUACCACCGAAUACAAAACGUGUGCAAAUAAUACGUUUAUUUAAGGACUUUGCCCCUAUCAACUCCAUACGUCUACGUUCCGCUGGUGGGCAAGUCUUGUUUAAACACAAACAACGCAGGACUGCAGGUGCUUUGAAUGCUUACGUAGUGUUGAAAAGCAAAGAAACAGCUGAAAAGGCUACCACACUAAAUGGCGUGGAGUUCAAAGGCCAUCAUUUAAGAAUUACAUUAGCUGCUAAAAAUCCUCAAAGUCACGAAAAGGAGCAAGCCAAGAAGACUGUAUUUGUAGGAAAUCUUAAAUACACUGCUACUGAGGAGUCGCUACGUGAAAUAUUCAGUAGUUGUGGCGAAAUUGAUUAUGUACGCUGUAUACGGGACGGUGAUAAAGGUUGUAAAGGUGUAGCCUAUGUGUGCUUUAAAACUGCGGAUGCUGUUGGUUUAGCUUUAGAACUUAAUCAGACUAUUGUGGAUGAACGUCCCAUAAAUGUAGAACGUUUUAGUGUUAGGAAAUUGGGCGCUAAAGAAGCUCGCGAUGCUCAAGCAGAAAGAGAAGAAAAAUCCCAAAAGGGAGCCAAAAAAAGAAUUGACAACAAAAAAGGUGGUAAAAAAGAUAAAGCAGGUCCUAAAAAGACCUCCAAUAGUAAAGGUGUUGACGGCGAAGAAGCCAAAAAGCCCAAGAAGAGUGAAUUUAGAGGUGUUAAGGUAGAGGGCUUAAAGAAGAAACCCAAAACAAAGAAGAAAAAGUCCAAUGACCAAAUGCAGCUGUUGGCGAAGAAAAUUGCUCCUAAAGUUAAAACGGAAUAAAAUGAGUUAUGCAAAGCCAUCUUAUUUUACAAAAAAGUAAUUUGUAAAACUUCCCAAAUAAUUUAGUUAAAUAAUGGUAAGUAUAUAUAACCAUUAUCAUUGUAUAUUUAGACAAAUUUAUAACGUUGACUUAACUUUUAAAAACUCUGAAUAAAAACUAUUUUUAUAAAUCCUUCAUUUGUUACAAAAUGAACAAACA